CGGCUUGGCUGCCUCGGAGGAGGAGGCGGCAGCUCUGGCUGCCUUGGAGGAGGAGGCGGUGGCUCUGGCUGCCUCGGAGGAGGAGGAAGCCGCGGCUCGGCUGCCUUGGAGGAGGCGGCCGCUCGCCCCAGGCACUGGCGGACAUCUGAGUUCUUCGUCCAUAUAUCCUGCAUGCAGUGCUCCUUAUUUAUUGGCAACUUCAUGCUCGGAUGAGAAAGUAAGAUUCUGGAGAUGCAGAGUAACAGAUGGAGAAUCUGCCACAUCAAAUAAUGGAGAAAUGAAUCUUGCAUAUAUUUGGGAAGAAUGGCCAUUACUUAUUGAAGAUGGACUUCAGAACAAUAGUAUUAUAUCUGUACCUGGUAGGCCUAUAGAAGUUAGCUGUGCACAUACAAAUCGUUUAGCAAUAGCUUAUAAGCAGCCUGCAUCUAACAGUAGAUCUUCUCAGGACUUUGUGAUGCAUGUUAGUAUUUUCGAAUGUGAGUCUACAGGAGGUUCUUGUUGGGUCCUUGAACAGACAAUUCAUUUAGAUGAGUUAAGCACAGUGUUGGACUCUGGCAUUAGUAUUGAUAGUAAUUUAGUGGCCUAUAAUAAACAAGAGAUGUAUUUAUCCAGUAAAGAAAGUAUUACAUCAAACACGAAGCAUUUAGUUCACCUAGAUUGGAUGUCUAGAGAAGAUGGCUCUCAUAUCUUAACUGUAGGAAUUGGAUCAAAACUUUUUAUGUAUGGACCCCUGGCUGGCAAGAUACAAGAACAAACCGGUAAGGAAAGCCUGGUAUUUCCUCUCUGGGAGAGUACUAAAUUUGUGCCUCUUUCUAAAUUUGUACUAUUACGAAGUAUGGACUUGGUUUCUUCUGUAGAAGGCUCCCCACCUUUUCCUGUUUCUUUAUCAUGGGUUCGGGAUGGCAUCCUUGUGGUAGGAAUGGAUUGUGAAAUGCAUGUAUAUUCCCAGUGGCAACCAUCUUCUAAACAAGAACCUGUUAUAACAGAUUCAUACAAUGGGAGCACUCCAUCUAUAAUAAGUUUAAUAAAACAGAGUAAUUCAUCAAGUUCUGGAUUACAUCCUCCAAAGAAAACACUGACUCGAUCUAUGACUAGUCUUGCACAGAAAAUCUGUGGAAAGAAAACUGCAUUCGAUCCUUCAGUGGAUAUGGAAGAUUCUGGUCUUUUUGAGGCAGCUCAUGCCCUUUCUCCAACUUUACCUCAAUACCAUCCCUUGCAGCUUUUGGAGCUCAUGGAUCUUGGCAAAGUUCGGAGAGCCAAGGCCAUCUUGUCACAUCUUGUCAAAUGCAUUGCUGGGGAGGUUGUAGCUCUGAACGAAGCUGAAUCCAAUCAUGAACGCCGCCUUAGGUCUCUCACCAUCAGUGCUAGUGGAAGCACUACCAGAGACCCCCAGGCAUUCAACAAGGCUGAAAAUACAGAUUACACAGAAAUAGAUUCUGUCCCUCCACUUCCUUUGUAUGCCCUACUUGCUGCAGAUGAUGAUAGCUGUUACUCAUCUUUGGAAAAAUCUAGUAAUGAGAGUACCUUAAAUAAAUCAAACCAAAUGUCAAAAGAAAGUUAUGAUGAGCUUUUUCAGGCCUCAGCUCAAAUAACCGAUAUUCAUGUGUUAGAGACAGAUGAAGAAAAUACAAAGCCCAGAGUUAUUGACCUUUCACAAUAUAGUCCAACUUACUUUGGUCCUGAGCAUGCUCAGGUUCUUUCUGGCCACUUACUUCAUUCUAGUUUACCAGGACUCAGCCGGAUGGAACAGAUGUCUUUGAUGGCUUUAGCAGAUACAAUUGCAACUACAAGCACUGAUAUUGGAGAAAGCAGAGACAGAAGCCAAGGUGGAGAAACUCUUGAUGAAUGUGGAUUAAAAUUUCUUUUGGCUGUUCGACUCCAUACCUUUCUUACAACUUCCCUUCCAGCCUAUCGAGCUCAACUCCUUCACCAAGGCCUGUCUACUAGUCAUUUUGCUUGGGCAUUUCACUCAGUAGCAGAAGAAGAACUGCUGAACAUGUUGCCAGCAAUGCAGAAAGAUGAUCCCACUUGGUCUGAACUAAGAGCUAUGGGCGUGGGGUGGUGGGUCCGGAACACCCGCAUCUUACGUAAAUGCAUAGAAAAAGUAGCCAAAGCAGCCUUUCAUAGAAAAAAUGAUCCUUUAGAUGCUGCCAUUUUUUAUCUUGCAAUGAAAAAGAAAGCUGUGAUUUGGGGAUUAUAUAGAGCCCAAAAAGACACAAGGAUGACACAGUUUUUUGGACACAAUUUUGAGGAUGAAAGGUGGCGUAAAGCAGCUUUAAAGAAUGCUUUCUCUUUGCUAGGCAAACAAAGAUUUGAACAUUCUGCAGCGUUUUUUCUUUUAGCUGGUUGCCUCAGGGAUGCAAUUGAGGUAUGUCUUGAGAAACUGAAUGACAUCCAGUUGGCCCUUGUAAUAGCAAGACUCUAUGAGUCUGAAUUUGAUACAUCUGCAACAUAUAAAUCUAUUUUACGGAAGAAAGUUUUGGGAAUUGAUUCACCUAUCAGUGAACUCAGUUCAUUAAACGUAAAUAUGCAUUAUGACCAUUUUCUUCGGAGUAUGGCAUAUUGGAUUUUGGAAGAUUAUAGUGGUGCUCUGGAAACAUUAAUAAAGCAACCUAUUAGAGAUGAUCAAGGCAUGAUGUCAGCCUGUAAUCCUGCAGUUUUUAAUUUCUACAAUUAUCUAAGAACACAUCCUCUUUUGCUGAGACGUCAUCUUGGAUCAUCUGACACAUUUUCCACACACAUGAGUCUAACAGGAAAAAGUGGACUGGCAGGAACAAUUAAUUUAAGUGAAAGAAGAUUAUUUUUUACUACUGCCAGUGCUCAUUUAAAAGCUGGCUGCCCCAUGUUGGCUUUGGAAGUAUUAUCAAAGAUGCCCAAAGUCAUCAAGAUAACAAAACCAUUUUGUAGAGCAUCUAAUCUGGAUACUAGUAAAGACUGUUCCCCUUCUUCUCCACUAAAAUUGAAUGCAAGGGAAGAUAAGUCCUCUGCUGUUGAUUGGUCACAGUCACUGAUGAAUGGUUUUGGAUCUUCUUCAGAGGGUUCCUCAGAAAAGCAAUCAAACUCCACUCUUUCUUUUGACUGGAGCCAACCAAGUGUUGUAUUUCAGAAUGACUCUUUAGAGUUAAAAUGGGACAGUGAUAAUGAUGAAGAAAACGAGGAUCUCCCUAUUUCAAUGAAAGAACUAAAACCGUUACAGAGAAAAAUAGAUAAAUUAGAUGACGUGAGUUCUAAUUACACAGAAUCUUUCAGCACACUAGAUGAAAAUGAUGUCUUAAAUCCAUCAGAAGAUAUAAUUGCAGUUCAAUUAAAAUUUAGAGCAUGUUUAAAGAUUCUCACAGUAGAACUUCGUACUUUAUCUACUGGCUAUGAAAUAGAUGGUGGAAAAUUGCGUUACCAGCUAUACCACUGGCUUGAAAAAGAGGUGAUAGCUCUUCAGAGAAUUUGUGACUUUUGCACAGAUGCUGAAGAACUACAGUCUACAUUUGGCAAAAAUGAAGUUGAAUUUGGAUUCAAUGAGGAUGCUGAAGAUUUGCUUCACCAAACAAAAGUGAAACAACUGAGAGAAAAUUUUCAGGAAAAAAGACGGUGGCUGUUGAAAUAUCAGUCACUCCUGAGGAUGUUUCUUAGUUACUGCAUACUUCAUGGAUCCCAUGGUGGAGGUCUUGCAUCUGUGAGAAUGGAAUUGAUUUUGCUUUUACAAGAGUCUCAGCAGGAAACUUCAGAACCACUAUUUCCUAGUCCUCUGUCAGAGCAAACCUCAGUGCCUCUCCUCUUUGCUUGUACAGCCAGUGCCAAAACAGUUGUUGCUAAUCCGUUAUUGCACCUUAGUAAUCUAACACAUGAUAUUCUACAUGCUAUAAUAAACUUUGAUUCACCACCGCAUCCUGAUAUCCAAAGCAAUAAAGUAUAUGUAAUGCAUACUUUAGCAGCCUCACUUUCUGCUUGUAUUUAUCAGUGCCUUUGUGGUAGUCAUAACUACAGUUCGUUUCAAACAAAUCAGUUUACUGGAAUGAUGUAUCAGACGGUACUACUUCCCCAUCGACAUUCUUUGAAAACAGGAAGCUUAGAUGAAGCAGUAACUCCCAAUAUAUCACCAGCACAAUGGCCAGGAAUAACUUGUCUAAUUCGACUUUUGAAUUCUUCUGGCGAAGAAGCCCAGUCAGGGCUUACAGUUUUGCUCUGUGAGAUUCUCACAGCAGUCUAUCUCAGUCUCUUCAUCCAUGGCCUGGCCACACAUUCAAGUAAUGAACUAUUUCGGAUUGUGGCCCAUCCUCUAAAUGAAAAAAUGUGGUCUGCUGUAUUUGGUGGAGGUGUACAUGUUCCUAGCAAAGAACAGACACAGUCAAAGUCUUUACCUGUUUCUUCACUAGUUGAAGAAGGAGAAAAACAGAACAAACGUUUUAGGCCAUCAAAAAUGUCUUGCAGAGAAUCUGCCCCGUUGACUGCUUCCUCACCACCAGUAAGCCAGGAGUCACUGGCAGUUAAAGAGAAGUUUAUCCCACCUGAGCUCAGUAUCUGGGACUAUUUCAUAGCCAAGCCUUUUCUACCUCCUUCCCAAAGUAGAGCAGAAUAUGACUCAGAGGAGAGUCUGGAAAGUGAUGAAGAUGAUGAAGAUGAUGAUAGUGUUUUAGCAUCAGAUUUCCAUUUCCAAGAACAUUCUAAUCCAAAUUCAUAUAGUUGGUCAUUGAUGCGAUUGGCGAUGGUGCAAUUGGUGCUUAACAAUUUGAAGACUUUCUAUCCAUUUGCAGGUCAUGAUGUUGCAGAGCUUCCAGUUAGUUCACCUCUUUGCCAUGCUGUUCUAAAAACUCUUCAGUGUUGGCAACAAGUACUUCUCCGACGACUUGAAAUCCAUGGUGGGCCACCUCAAAACUAUAUUGCAAGUCAUACAUCUGAAGAGAGUUUGUCUGCAGGUCCCGCAAUUCUCCGACACAAAGCUUUACUGGAACCCACAAACACUCCUUUCAAAUCCAAACAUCAUCUGGCACUGUCUGUGAAGAGGCUUUGGCAGUAUUUGGUGAAACAGGAAGAAAUUCAAGAAACCUUUAUUAGAAAUAUAUUCACAAAGAAACGGUGUCUAAAUGAGUCAUUAGAGGACAACAGUGAAACCAUCAAAAGUUCUAUGAUGGAGGAGCCAAACAUCAAUAAGAUAGAAGCAGAUUUGGGAUAUCCUGGAGGAAAAGCAAGAAUUAUUCAUAAGGAAUCUGAUAUCAUUACUGCCUUUGCUGUUAAUAAAGCAAAUAGAAAUUGCAUAGCAAUUGCUUCCAGCCAUGAUGUUCAAGAACUGGAUGUUUCCGGAAUUCUGGCUACACAAAUCUAUACUUGGGUAGAUGAUGACAUAGAAAUGGAAACAAAAGGAUCAGAAGAUUUCUUGGUUAUACAUGCUCGUGAUGAUUUAACAGCUGUUCAGGGAACCACCCCAUAUACACAUAGCAAUCCUGGCACUCCAAUCAACAUGCCAUGGCUUGGUAGUACACAGACAGGCAGAGGAGCAUCUGUGAUGAUUAAGAAAGCCAUUAAUAAUGUUAGAAGAAUGACUUCUCAUCCAACUCUUCCUUACUAUCUGACAGGAGCUCAAGAUGGAAGUGUGAGAAUGUUUGAAUGGGGCCAUUCUCAACAAAUAACCUGUUUCCGAUCUGGUGGCAAUUCAAGAGUUACAAGAAUGAGAUUUAACUAUCAGGGAAACAAGUUUGGAAUAGUUGAUGCAGAUGGAUAUUUAAGUUUGUAUCAGACAAACUGGAAAUGUUGUCCAGUUACUGGAAGCAUGCCUAAGCCAUACCUGACUUGGCAGUGUCAUAACAAAACAGCCAAUGAUUUUGUCUUCGUUAGUUCCUCCUCUCUGAUAGCUACAGCUGGUCUUUCAACUGACAAUAGAAAUAUAUGUUUGUGGGAUACUCUUGUAACACCUGCCAAUAGUUUAGUCCAUGCUUUUACCUGCCAUGAUAGUGGAGCCACAGUUUUAGCGUAUGCUCCAAAACAUCAGCUGCUAAUAUCAGGUGGCAGAAAAGGUUUUACAUGUGUAUUUGACCUUCGCCAACGACAACAGAAACAACUUUUCCAGAGCCAUGAUUCUCCCAUCAAGGCCAUCGCUAUUGAUCCAACUGAAGAGUACUUUGUUACAGGAUCUGCUGAAGGCAAUGUAAAGAUUUGGAGUCUCUCUACUUUUGGUCUUCUCCACACUUUUAUCAAUGAACAUGCUCGGCAAUCCAUUUUUAGAAAUAUUGGAACUGGAGUGAUGCAAAUUGAGACAGGGCCAGCAAAUCACAUUUUCUCUUGUGGAGCUGAUGGAACAAUGAAAAUGAGAAUACUGCCAGAUCAAUUUAGCCCCUUAAAUGAAGUGUUGAAGAAUGAUGUGAAAUUUAUGCUGUAAUAUUUUCAAAAUUAGAUAUAUAAUUUAUUACCUACAUGGAAGUGGCCAACAGAUGUAAUAUACAGUGAUCACUAUCUAUACUACAAAUAAGCUAAUGCUUUCUUGUUUUCAUAUUUAUUUUAUGGAGCUUUGCCCUUGAUGCACUGAUGCCUUAAAAAUUAACCAAGGUUAUUCAGAAUUAGACUAUAUUGUGUAAAGUAUAAUGUAUAAGUAUUGCUGUAAUAAUACUUGCUAUAGUAUGUUACCGUAUGUCAUUGUUUUCUUAUUGUUGAUAAACUCUUCUGCAGAUAUCUCUGCAUGAAUUUCCCAGUAAAGAUACCCUAUUUGUAAAGGCAGUUGUACAUAAUACUCAUCACUGAACUCAUCACACUGUCACUUCCAUUAUCAGCCUUAUACAUCUCAAACUGUUUUCCUCUUAACUCUUCUUAAUGAUAGAUUGACAUUUGGAUAAGAAUCAAAUAAUGAACAUCUCCAUUAGAUUUAUCAUUGGAACUUAAGUGAUAAAUGAGCUAAAUGGCUCAUUUUGUGAAGUUUUCAUCAAUUUCCUCUCUGGAGCCCAAGUUAAUGUGUAUGUAUACAUAUGUGUGUGUGUAUGUGUGUAUAUAUCUCUUACGCAUCUUGUUUGAAGAGUUUAUGUAUAUAUAAGCAAAAACUACAUCUUUUCACAUGUUUUUGUGCCAUAACAACUACUGCCACCAGAAUAACUUUCUUUGCAACUAUGUUUUUUCAUUUUUUUAAUCUUGAAUUUCCAUCCUAUUUUCAAAUAAAUUUCAAGAAGACUUCCAAGAUUAUUAUUUUAGAGAUUGCAUUAAGUCAAAUAAGUUUUAGCAGGCAAUAAAGAUUCUGUGUUGGCAUAAAAUAAGACACUUAAAAGUAAGUUUGUGAAUUUGUCAAAGGAUUUUUGAGCAUCAACAAAUGUUUUGCUUAAAUUUUAUCUUAUUUCUUAAUUUUUAGGUGCUUUAAUCUCAAAAUUCUGAAAACCUUACAGCAGUGUUUUUAGAAACAAAUGUGAAAACAGUGAAAUUGAGUACAUAGUAUUUACAAAUGUAAAUUAUCCUUCAGAUCUACCAUUAAUAGAAAAAAAACUAAACCUUAUAUUUUAUUUUUGCCAAAAUAUAUUAUUUUAUUAUAAAAUAUGACCAAAAUAUUAAAAAUGCACAAUGCUUUUAACUUAAAUGUGCUAACCCUAUUUCUGUUUUGUGCUGUACCUUUUCUGAUUCAGAAUUAUAGGAAACUUGAUAAAUACUUGAUUUUAACCAAUGAGACUGCAGGCAGAUGGGACUAAGUGUUUAUGGGACAGUUGUAUACUAUUUAGCUUAAAUAUAUUUUGUUUAAUAGGAAAUAUAAAAGAGCAUUUUAUGUAAUAAAAUAAGGACAACUAUUAUCUUGGGAAUUAAAGAGUCAAGUAAAGCAAAGCAAAGCAAUGAAGGGCUGGUAAAAUGAAUUUUGUAAUAUCCUCAGGAUACUUUUAUCUUAAAAGUAUAUUGUUAAAGAUUUUGUAAAUUGUAUUUCAACAAUUUUAAAUGUGUUGAGCAAGUUGCAGCAAAAACACUGUCAUUAUGUAGAGAGUUUUUAUGCACAUAAUAAUCUGUACCUAUAAAUUGUGCAAUAACCAUGUGUGACUAUCUUGCCAUGGAGAAAUGUGUGACAGCAUUGCAAAUAAUAGUAUUGUUUAAUGUAGUUAAGCUUAAGUUAUUUUUCAGUAAUUUCUUAUAACAAAGAUUCAAAAGGCUUUAAACACUUUCAGUAGAAAAUUUACUAUUAUGCUUAUUAGAACAAAGACAUUGAGGAUGAACAAUUAAUCAUUUUAAUUGAGGGUUUAUAUGAACAACCAUAAAUUAUGUGAGCCCAUAUGUAUUUACAUUCAGAGUCAUAAUAUUUUAAAUAAACAAUCAUGCAGAAACUUU